AUGGCUGUCGGCGUCACUGGAUCUAGGGCAGAGGAGGAUGGGCUCGACAUGGGACCGGGGCCCCUGCCCCGGCCCGAGCUCGAGGCGGCGGACGGCCGCACUGCCCACUCCCCGCCAGGAUCCCGACCGGAAGCCACCACCGCACCACCGGCAGCCUCCCAGGCCGCGCCGGCCCUCACGUCGCAGCACCCCCGGCCUCCUUCCCGAUCCAGAUCGGGCGCCAGCUCGCGCCGCCCGCCGCCGUCGCCUCACCCGAGAGCGAAGCCACCGCCGCGCGCACGCCGAAGACCCGUAGCCACCACGCCGCCGUCAAGCAGCCACGCCGCCGCGCCCACGUCCAGCGCCGCGCCCCCGCCGACCGCAUCGAUUGCUUUGUUGCUCGAUUGUUUCUGCUCGGUUGCCGUGGCUACCAUUGGGUACGUCACCGCCAUGCUGUUGGUGAAGAUCAAGGAGGAGGAAUUGGGCAGCAGAGUCAAGUUCGCGAGGCGUGCAGGGCUCCCAGAUCCGAGCAUGGAGAUCGUGUUCGCGAAGCAGUAG